GAACAGUCCACAGUAAUGUUAGUAGUAGAGAAAUACAAAAAUUUAGACUUUUUACGUGCGUCGGAUGUGGCGAAAACAAUUUUUCGUUUGUUUUAUUUUUCACGACGAAUAUUUAAACAACGCGAAAAUACAUUUAAUUCUUGCUAGUUACGUUCGAAAAUGCACAAACAGCAAAAUACAAUCAUUUAAAAAACGAAACGAAAGCGACCACCAAAACGACCGUGAUAACACACACACAAAUCAAAGCUCAUCAAAGGAAAAUGCUGUUAAUAACUGACCUAAAGCGAAUAGUGACAAUUAUAACAUAGAAACGGAAUAAAUUUAACCCAGUUCAAAUAUUUAAUCUCAACUAAUUAAAAAAUACAGUAAUAUACAUAUUAAGUAAAUAAUAAUAAGGAAACUAUUAAGUGAAAAUGACACACAAUCGCGAAAGUCUACGACUGAGUCUUCUUGAUUUGCAACAAAAUACGCCGGCAACGUCAAAUGGCAGCAGCAAUUCCAGCGUUUCUCAGACAAUGUCGGUUAUGGCGAACCAAGCCAUCUCAACCGCGGUUAAUCGCAUCAACAAAGUGAUUGUUGCACAUCAAAACGAUAAAUGCGAGCGCCUGAAGAAAAUGCAGUCGACCACUUGUUCUGAUUCAGAGGACGACUCCGAUCGUCGGGCACAACUCGAAAUAAAUAAUCGUUGGAAUUAUAGCGGCUACGAUGGUGAUACACGCACCCACGUUGUACAAGAAAUCUUACGUAACGAACAGUCAUAUGUUGAGUCACUGCAAACAAUCGUCACAAAAUAUCUGAAGGUACUCAAAUCUCCCGAGCAUGCUGGCAUGAUCGAUUCACGUACUGUGGACGAGAUUUUUUUUAUGGUACCCGAUAUACUGGAGAUUCACGAAAAAUUUCAUGCUGAGCUGAAAUCGCGUUGGGAAAGUUGGGAGGCGAACCAGAAAGUUGGCGACGUUUUUCUUGAAACGUUUUCAAAGCUGGAGGUGCUGGAAGUAUACACUUCAUUUGUGAAUAACUGCAACCGCGCGAAGAACGCUAUCCGCACUACGAAACACCAACGACCAUCGUUUGCGAAAUUCUUGGAAAUAACUGCCCGCGAGCAUAAAGGAAAAUUGACGCUAGACAACCUACUCAUCAAACCGGUACAAAAGUUCCCUAAUUACGAAAUGCUCUUUCAAAGACUUAUAAAGCACACUGAUCGCCAUCAUCCCGAUCAAAAGCAUCUACAGGACGUGCUAAAGCUUGUCCACGACAUACUUGUUCAUAUCAAUUGUAAGGAGCGCGAAAUACUUGAAAAUGGGCAACGCGAAGCUACUUUGCGGGAGCUUGAAGGUGUUAUCGAAGGUAUCACAGACCUGAUAACACCCGAUCGGCAAUUUCUACUCUUCGAUUUGGUUUCAAUGCCGUCCGGGCAGGGUGCACGUAAAGAGCGCGGCUUCUUUCUGUUCAAUGAUUUAUUGGUGUUGACAAGUAUCAAGAAACGUAGCGGUACGAUACGAAAGCCUAAUCCCUCUACCUGCCCUGGUACUGUAGCCUCUACUUUGGAUACUAAUAAAUACAAGUUCCUUACAAAAAUCUCCCUCGACUGUUUAGAAAUUGUGAAGACUAAAGAUGAAAACGUGAAACGCAUAAUGAAUGAAAUUGAAAAUUUGGCCGAAGACUGCAAUAAAUUACAACAAAUCGCCGACAUCACUGCAUCGCUGCAAUAUCCACACCAGUAUUUGGAGGAUGUCAUACGUGAACUUCUAAGAGAUGUGCAGCGGCAGCUGUCGGAACGUCAGACAAAUGACACGCAACUGAAUCUGCUGGAACUGCUGGUCAAUUCACCGAACGGAAGCCAAAAACUAUCGAUCGUCUUCAGCAAAGCUGAGAAACGCACUCAGUGGGAGGUGACCUUCAAUGAAGCUAAACAGAAAAUGGCUGCCACACUCGAGCGACACCCCAUUCCAGAGUUUUUGAUGUCUAUACCAAUACGGAAAACUCGUGCAGGACUACAGUUUACAUGCGCUGCGGCCACGCUCAGCGAGAAGCGCGAUGUGUGGGUGUGCAACAGCGACGGAUACGUAGGACAAGUGUGCAUUAUGUCUCUCUACCCGGAGCCAAACGUGACCAGCUGCAAUGGCGUUUGUAAUGCUCGAAUUCUUUGCGUGGCCUCAGUACCUGCCUACAACCCAAACAAUAGGAACUCCGCAAAUAGUGGCACGCAGCAGCCAAAACAGUCGCAUCCACUCAGCGCCAGUACUACGCCACAACACAGCUACACGCAGAAAUUGAGGGACUAUCGCAAAAGCAUCUCGCCGAACUUCCAACCAUCAACUGUGAUUGGCACACCGGAAAAGAAAAAGACGCCAUCAGCACCUGUAGCGGUUGCGGUGAACUCAACUGACUCCGGCAACGCCUCCGCAACGGGUAAUGCAAGUAGUCACGGCAGUGCUGAAAACCAACUUGAUUUGAAUCUAAGUUCCAGUGAUGACGAGACAGAUACUGGUCUUAUAAACGUUAGUGCUGUUGCUGAAGCUAUAUGCAGUAACGGCAGCAGCACCGUAGAACGCGUACCCAGUCCUGCUCCCUCGGUGCAGGCAAUCGCUUCGGUGACAUUGCCGGGCAGCAGUAGUAGCGGAACACCAUCGCAUCACUCGCACCAAGACUCAAAUCCAGACGAUGGCGAUGGAAAUUUAUCAACUAUGUGGAUUGGCACGGAAGACGGCUGCAUUCAUGUGUACAAUAGCACCGAUAAUAUUCGCAUCAAGAAGAAUAGAAUUAAGAUUGAACAUCAGUCGGCUGUGUAUUCCAUUUUGUACCUGGAUAAUCGUGUAUUUGUUUCUUUGGCCAAUGGUGAUAUCUGUGUAUAUCUUCGAGAUGGAGUUGCCUGGAACACUAGUUUGUCGCACUGUCUUUCAAUCGGCACCGUAACAAGUCCUGUAACCAAGUUGCUGAAUGUGCAAGGAAAGCUGUGGUGCUCCAUACAAGGCAUUAUAAAGGUUUUGGAUACAGAUACUCUCCUGGUGGUCAAUCAAAUACAAAUCUCAUCCGACUCAAAACCAAUCACCAACAUGACUGUGUCGAACAAUUACGUGUGGAUUUCAAUUCAAAACUCGGCCCAUAUAAAGUGUUUUCAUUCCAUGAG